AUGAAUUUCAUAGUAUCUAUUUUAUUACUUUCAAGCAAUACAAUUCUACCUAUCUCAGCAAGUAACUAUUCCUUAAUUGUCAAUUCUACCGAUCCUUCACAAAGUCCAUCACCAUUUCACAUCCUCGACACUUGCAUCAAUGAAGAACCACCAAUCAAAGAUGACACUAUGACUGGCCUUGAUUAUUCCACUGGGGAUGAAACAGAAUAUUCAGGUCAAGAUUCCAAUAUUGAAUUGGAGGACUAUAGUUCCGAUGACAAUGAUGACGACGAACAUGACGAAUAUAUAAACAGAUAUGAAUAUGAAGGAUAUUCAGAUGAAGAUGAUAUAGUUUUUGAUCCUCCAAGAUCACAAUCAGACACACUGGGCUCUGACGAAGACGAUGAUAGCAAAAGAUAUGCAGGAGGAGGUGGAGGCAAUUAUCGUGAACAAGAGGAUGGUAGUGGGUCCAGUAGUAGUGGGGAGGAGUCAGAUAAUGAGAAAAAGACUGAUUCAUUUUAUGAUGUUAUAUUUGGCUACUUUCGUCAAAAUCCAACAACCGGAGAGCCUAGUCAUACUUUGGGAAACUACUCCAUGGGAUUCAACAAAUCCACCAGUGAUCACAUUACUACAAAGUCUAAUGAUUUUAACAAUUUAUCCAACGAUUCUGAAUACAAUGUAGAAGAAUUUGAAGAUUUCGAUUAUUCCAGUGGUGAAGAGCAAGGUAAUGCGAGGACAAGAAAGGGAAUGGAACAAGCUAAUUUUCCAAUUUAUGGUUUAAAUAGCACAGAGAAUCAAAAUGUUACCAACAUGGCUGGCUUCUUGGGAAAUUUUUCCAUUAGUUUUUCAAGUACUCUCUCAAAGACAGCUUCCGUUCUCGAGAUCACAUCACAAGCCUCAAUUGAAAAGAAGAACAAGUUCAAGUAUAAUUUUGAGAAUGAUGGCCAUUUUAGAAUUGGAGCUCCUAAAAAAAGUACAUCGAAGUCCAGUACUACUGAAGUGAAGUCGUUAGUUCGUUCUCUGGAGAUUUCAAGCACCUCAACAACUGCUACAAGUGCAGACACAAGUGAAACUUAUGAAUCCAAAAGUUCUACUACCACCUUUCCAACCGAGGAUAUUCUGAAAUCAGCAAGCUCAUUGAUUCUGUCGUCAAGCACCCAGGAGUCCACGUCAUCGAAUAUACCACAAAAGACCAAGAAGAAACUGAAAAAUGUUACAUUAAAGAAAACAACAGUCACAGUAAUUUCUACAAGCUACGCAACCUCAAUUACUUCCAUUAUACAACCUUUAACUUCAGAGCUAGAGAAAGAGAUAGACAGUGACACUGAAGAUGAACAACCUGUGCCACCACAAGAAGCACCAUCAACGACUGAAGAACAAACUUUGAUUGAAACAACUGAAAACACAACCAAAUCGCAAUCCUUUAUACCCAUGUCAACAAGAACUAUAGUUCCAAAUUCAAAAAUAUUUUCAAAAGGAAUGACCAAUACAUUAAAGACCGUGGAUAUAGGUUUAUUAAUCACCAGACAAAUCGACUCACAGAAAACCAGUGAACCCGGUGAUCAAACCGCAACACAAGGAUUUCAACUUACGAAUAUAUUUACAGGGGUGAUAUUGCCUGAUCGACAAUUUGUAUUUCGAUCUUUGACUAGUUUGGUUCAGACUUCUUUGGUAUUGACUUUUUUAGUUGUUGUAACUCUAGUGGUAAUAUUAGUUUAG